UUUAUUCAGUUUUGUUUUUGUUUUUGAGCUAACGGAAAAUUUGUUGAACAAGCGGAACCUACACGCCUACACAAAAGGAGCCGUUUAAGAAGUGGAAGUUCCACGGUACCUUAUUUAUUUUGAAGAUAUUGGAGCAUUUAAAUAGCCGCUAAUUGUUUAUUAUUAAUGCGUCUGCUGGACACUGCUCGAGCAUUACGCUGUUUAGUUACACGGACCUUUAGUACAAGUCAACAUCUAAGCAAGAUGGCUACGGACAUCAGAUUUAAUGCAUCGCUUAGCAGCAGUGAUCCGCAGGUUCAUCCCGUACUGAUUAUUGGUCAGCUGCGUCAUUUGAAUUUACUGAAGUUUGAUCAAUUGGCAAGUAAAUUGCAGCCACGGGUUACGGAGGAGACAUUCCGUAGUGCAUUGGCUUGCCUACAUCCGGCACCGACGGACAAGGUAUCACUCUAUCUGGAUGUGGCUACAAUGGCCGCUUUGCCGUUAAAGGCAUCCCGUCAUAAUACAUCAUCGCGUGCUCAUGCCAUCACUCGUCUGGUGAAGAAUCAUGUUCUUAAUGUGUCUGAGGAAAGUGUGGUACUGGUCUGUGAGCGAGAGAAUCUGUUCGCAAGUGCCUGUGCUGUGGUUAGGGCUUUUCCUCUGUACUCUCGCAAAACAGGAGGUAAUGGCCAGCAGUUCCAAAAGGCUGCUUCCCCAGAAGCUGGAGAUUCUGUGGAUAAUGCCGAGCAAAAUGCCCGAAAUGUUGUUAAUGUCGAGUUCGUUGUGAUUGACAAGGAUGGAUGCAUUGAGACUGAUCCACUUACCGAUGAUGAAUUAAAGUGUUUGAAAGAAACGACUCGUGGUAUUCGUCUAACGGCACGUAUUGUGGAUAUGCCCUGCAACGAAAUGAAUGUGGACCACUUUAUUCAGAAUAUUGAAGAACUGGCCAAGGAGUUGUCAUUGCAGCCGCAGAUAAUACGCGGCGAGGAAUUGCAAGAGCGCGGCUUUGGCGGCAUUUAUGGAGUUGGCAAGGCGGCCGCUGUCCCUCCAGCACUGGUGGUGCUCUCCCACGAGCCUAAGGGAGCGCAGGAAACAAUUGCCCUGGUUGGAAAGGGCAUUGUCUAUGACACUGGUGGUUUGAGCAUCAAGGGCAAAACUGCCAUGCCUGGAAUGAAACGGGAUUGCGGUGGUGCGGCUGCCAUUUUGGGUGCCUUCUAUGCGGCAGUCAAAUGCGGCUUCAAAGAUAAUCUUCAUGCCAUUUUCUGUUUGGCCGAAAACUCUGUAGGGCCAAACGCCACACGUCCCGAUGAUAUUCACACUUUGUAUUCGGGUCGCACUGUGGAAAUUAACAAUACCGAUGCAGAAGGUCGUUUGGUUCUAGCGGAUGGUGUUUGUUAUGCCAACAAGGAUCUAAAGGCGAACAUUAUUCUUGAUAUGGCCACAUUGACUGGUGCUCAGGGUAUAGCAACUGGCAAAUAUCAUGGAGCCGUAUUGACAAACUCGGAGACAUGGGAGUCAAAGUCAUUGCAGGCUGGACGUAAAUCCGGCGAUUUAUUGGCCCCCAUUAUUUACUGUCCCGAAUUGCAGUUCUCUGAAUUUGCAUCGGCCAUUGCUGAUAUGAAAAACUCUGUGGCGGAUCGCCAAAAUGCACAAUCAUCUUGCGCUGGUCUCUUUGUGGCUGCUCAUUUGGGAUUCGAUUAUCCUGGUGUAUGGAUUCAUGUCGAUAUGGCUACACCUGUGCAUUGUGGUGAACGUGCCACUGGCUAUGGUGUGGCCUUGUUGCUAACACUAUUUGGCAAUCAUACAAACUCAACGCUUCUCCAAUCGAUUGCCCCCACUUUGGAGGAGCCGCCAUCAAAGCGUCUUUGCCGCGAUUAAGAAAUCAUCCAGUUUCAAGUCUAGCCAUAUUCUAUUUGCGCAUUUCAAUGAACAUUCAAUAUACACAUACAUAUAUGUCAAUUUUAUUAGCCGACAGGCACUAAAAAAAAAGAAGAAAGAUUGAAUGAAUAAGACACGUGAAAAGGCUUUAAUGAUGAGCCUUUGUUAUAUCAAUAAAUUGCUUGAGCAAAUUAAUUCAAAA